AAUGAAACGUGCAGAGACUGAUUGAAAAAUUUGAAAAUAUGAAGAAAACGUGGAAGCUCAUUUUUGCAAUGAAGCUUCCUAUUUCUUUAUUUAUUUAUUUAAGGGCGGGAUCUUUUGACCAUUCAUGAGCAAGUGCACGACAGAUGCCUCAUCUGCUAUGCUUUUACUUCGACAAUAUUCAUCCAUUGCAAGAACCUGCGUGACUUUAUCGGAAAAAGUUGCAGAAGCUCAUGGGGCGAGAGACAGAGAUCGAGGCAGUCAGCUCUAGAACGAGGGGCUUGUUCAGAAGUAAACUCGGAGUGACGGAAGCGGCCCCACCGGAGGACGUGAAGAAGGUGUUUGAUAGGUAUGCGCAAGGUGAGACCGAGAUGAGUGUCGAUCAGCUGCGGCGGUUUCUGGUGGAGUUCCUAGAGGAAGGCGGCACAACGCUGGCCGAAGCGAAGAAGAUCGUCGAGGCAGUUCUGCUGAGGGGGCAACGCCUAAUUCCUAACUUCGCCAGGAAAACCCAGACUAACACUUUCACUCUCGAUGACUUCCAUCAUUACUUGUCCUCUGCCGAUCUCAAUCCCCCUAUUGGUGAUCAGGUCCAUCAUGAUAUGACAGCUCCUCUGUCUCACUAUUUUAUAUAUACUGGCUACAAUUCUUAUUUGACUGGAAACCUGCUCAGUGGUGAAUGCAGCGACAUCCCAAUCAUAAAUGCACUUAAGAGAGGUGUGAGAGUGGUGGAGCUUGAUUUAUGGCCAGACUCUACCAAGAAUGAUGUCAUUGUUUUUCAUGGAAGAUGGUUUUCCAAAGUAAGUACCUCAACAACUCAACUGUCACUCAUCAAGUGUUUGAAAUCGAUUAAAGAGCAUGCCUUUUCUGCAUCGCCAUAUCCUGUCAUAAUUAUUCUUGAAGACCAUCUCGCCAAAAAUCUUCAGGAUAAAGUUUGUCAGGCAUUCCGUGGAAUAUUUGGAGAUAUGCUUUUUUCAGGAAAAAAUUUACAAGAAUUCCCUUCACCAGAAGACCUGAAGCACCGGAUUAUCAUUUUAACUAAACCUUCAACAGAGUACCUCGAAGAAGCUAAUAUUAAUUACCAAAAAGAUAACUCUCAGACAGAAAAGGCUUCUGAUCAUGAUGUACAGAGAAAGAAGCCAGAAGCAAGAGCUGAUCAGGAGGACAAUGAGCAGGAUGGUAGUAUCAUGGAUCUAAUCAAUCACAAUAAUGAAAAUAUCGAGGGCAAUGAUCCAGAAUCAGACUCAGUAGCAGCUUCUGCAUACAAGUCUUUGAUUGUGGUUAAUGCAGGAAAACCCAAGGGUGCCUUGGAAGAGGCACUAAAAGUUGAACCUAAUAAAGUUAGAUGCCUUAGCCUGGCCGAACAAGCUCUUGAAAAGGCUGUUUCGUCUCAUGGUGCACAUAUCGUGAGAUGCACUCGAAAGAAUAUUUUGAGGAUAUAUCCAAGAAGGAACCGGUUUAACUUAUCCAACUCUCUGUCACUAGUUGGUUGGAUGCAUGGAGCUCAAAUGGUUGCAUUUAACAUGCAGGAGCAUGGUAGAAGCCUUUGGUUGAUGCAUGGGAUGUUCAAAUCGAAUGGAGGAUGUGGCUAUGUCAGAAAGCCUUGUUCUCUAUUAAAAUUUGGUCCUCGCCAAGUUUAUCUGAAAGCAGAAGUGCCUGCGAGGAAAAAUUUAAAGGUGAAAGUCUACCAGGCAGAUGGUUACCAUUUAGAUCUUAAACAGACUCGCUUUGAGACACGUCCACCAGACUGGCAUGUUAAGGUUGAAAUUGCAGGUGUAGUUGCAGAUCAGGCAACAGAAAAAACCAAGAUUUGCGAGGAUAGCUGGACACCUAUUUGGAAUGAAGAAUUCACAUUUCCAUUGACUGCUCCUGAAUUUGCUUUGCUUUUGAUUGAAGUCCAUCAAUCCGGUCUGUCAGAGACUGAUAACCCCUGGAGCCAAACUUGUUUGCCUGUAUCUGAAUUGAAGAAAGGCAUUCGUGCAGUUCCACUCUAUGAUAAGAAGGGAAAUAAGUACAAGUCAGUAAGGCUUCUUAUGCGCUUUGAGUUCUGAUAAUAGGGUAUUGUAUUUACCAAAACGUAAACAAUUAAUGCCUAAUUAUCGUAUUCUAGGUUCUAUCAUGGUUGUUAAUUUCAAAUUAAUUAUAUGUUUAGGGAAGACCAAUAUGCUGAUAAAAUCUAUACAAUUCAUCUAAUUAA